AUGGAGAAUAUGUUUCAUUUGAAAUCUUUUUUCUUCUUUCUUUUUAUUCGUUGUGUUUUAACUAUUCCACAAUUAAAUCUUUAUUUUACAACAAAUGAAGUUAGUGAAUAUGAAUACAAUGAUCAAUUACAAAUCAGGUAUGAUUGUUUUCGUCUUGCUACAAAUUUAGUAAAAGCAAAUGUUACUCGGCAUAUUUCAACUUACUGCUUAAGUGAAUCAUUGAAAGGAUUUCAUAUUGAAAAAGAUCCUUCAAUAGAAAUCUAUUCGUUUGGUCAACUUAAAGAAAAAAAUGUAACAUUUGAAGAUUUAUUCAUUUGGUCAGCACCUAUUGAUAUUAUUGAAGAAUAUCAAAUCUAUUUAGAUACAAAUAAUCAAUCAUUAUCGGAAAAACAAUUCUAUAAUUGUACAUUUCCAAGAUUUGGAUCAGUAUGUCAAUAUCAAUUAUAUGAUUAUCAUGAAGACGCUUUAUCAUUAUAUGAUAUAAUUUUUGAUUUUUAUCAAGAGUUAGCAUUUCGAACGAUAAAUUCGACUUGCUAUGAACAUUUAAUAUGUAAUGGUGAUUAUUCAUUAGUUUGUUUAGAUUGGACAGACAUUUGUAAUGGAAUAGUUAAUUGUCUUGAUGAUCAAUAUGAUGAAGAACAUUGUUGGCAAUUAGAAUUUAAUGAAUGUAAAGAAAAUGAAUUUCAAUGCAAUAGUGGACAAUGUAUUCCUCAAGAAUUUGUUUAUGAUGAUAUCUAUCAUCCGGAUUGUAUUGAUAUGUCUGAUGAAAGAGCAGAUGAUGUACCAGAUAUUCAAUUGUUUUCGAUUGCUCAAUCCCAACCAACAUUUACAGAUAAUGAUUGUAUAUGUCCACACUAUUUUUUUACAAGUUCAUGUGAUUCUAAAUAUAAAAAUAUGAUAUUUAAAUCGAUAUUUUCAAUGAAACAUCCAUCUAUGACAGAUGAAUGUUGGUCAGCUGUUCAAUGUUACUUCGCUAUUGGAAAUCCAAUAUUUUCACCUUUGACGUUUGAAGUUAUCAAAGAACAAUGUAUGCCUAUUAUAAGAAAAACAUGUCCAGAUAUGUUUUAUCUUGUCAAUAUUCCAAUAUAUUUUGGUCAUAUUUAUUUAGCUUAUAAAAAAAAUGAAAUAUUGUCUGUUCAUGUACGAUUCCCUUAUUUAUGUUCAAACAAAACUUUUCUUAACUCACAUUAUUUCGUCUUAGAGACAAUAUUUAAUCAUACAAUAUUUUGUACAAAAUUUCAAAUUACAGAGUUUUUGGACAGCAAUGAUACUCCUACUAUGUAUCAUCGAUUGUUCGACUUUCUGGAAAAUGUUUUCCAACAAAUAAAACGAUUUUAUCCAAUAAUUAGUUUUCCUCUUGAUCAAUGUAAUCAACCAAAUAUUUAUCAAUGUCUCAAUUCGUCCAAAUGUAUUUCGUAUCAUCGUUUAUCGAAUAAUAUAAUUGAUUGUCCUUAUGAAGAUGAUGAAAAUAUAUUUGAGCAUACAAAUCCUCAAUUAUUUAAUCAAAUAAAACAUAAAUAUUAUCGAUGUCGUAGUUCAAAUAAGUAUAUUCCUCAAGCAGCAAUCAAAAAUAGAAUAUGUGAUUGUGACGAUUAUCCAGUCCUUUAUUGUGAAGAUGAAGACCUAGAUAAGAAUUUUACUACAAGUACAAUUUCUUUUCAAAUAAUGUGUGAUGGUUUUCAAGAAUUAUUUCCAAUAAAUAUCAAUGGAAUAGAUCGAACAGAUGAAACUGAUUGUCAACAAUGGGAAUGUGAUAAUAUUUAUACACAUUGUGAUGAAAUAUGGAAUUGUUGGGAUGGAAAAGAUGAAAGGAAUUGUGAUUAUGAAAAAGAACCAUUAAUUGAUUGUGGUUUAGAUUCACAAAUGUGUGUUACAUUUGGUACAUAUGAAUUAAUAUGUUUAUCAAGUGAUCGAUUUAAUGAUGGAAAAGUUGAUUGUUUUGGUGGAAGUGAUGAAAGAAGCAAAUGUCGACAUUCUUAUAGCGAUUACGAUGGAGCAUUCGUUUGUGAGGCACCACAAUCUGAAUAUGAAUAUACAUGUGUUUACCAAUAUAAAUUAUGUUCAGAUGAUAAUUCUACUUGUUCAAACGGCUUAAAUGAAACAUUAUGUACUAAACCUGCAAUUUCAUCUGGCUGGGUAAAUUUUUGUGCAGAAACAAAUCAAGUACGUCUCUCUAAUGCAGGAAAAUUCGUAUGUAAAUUCACAAAGACUCAACACAAACGAACUAGGGUUUAUUUUAAAAUUGAUGAAUUUACUCAAACAGUUGAAGAUAAAAUAAAUGAAGAGCCAACAAUUAAUGCUAACGUCUUACAAGAUGAAAUACCAAUUUCACUUUCUAAAAACUUUCGUUGUCAUCGAGGUUUAGAAAUGCGUGUUUGGUUAAAUCAAUCAUCAAAUAAAUCUGUACAGACAUGUUUUUGUCCACCGAAUUAUUAUGGUUCACAAUGUCAAUAUCAAAAUCAAAGAAUUAGUUUAUCAAUUGGAUUUAAUGUUGCCGCUCAAUUACGUAAAACUCUUUUUACAAUAUUAAUAUUACUUAUUGAUAAUACAAAUCAAAGACAAAUUCAUUCUUAUGAACAAUUUACUUAUUUAUCAAUUCGAGAUUGUAAAACGAAAUUUAAUCUUUAUUUACUUUAUUCAACUCGACCAAAAGAUAUGAAGAGAAAUUACUCAAUUCAUUUAGAUAUUUAUGAUAAACAAUCUUUAACAUAUUAUGGAAGUUUUCUUUAUCCUGUUAAAUUCUCUUUUUUACCAGUUCAUCGAUUAGCUUUUAUUGUUAAUAUUCCAUCUGAUGAAGAGAAAAAGAUUUGUUCAAAUAAGAAAUGUUUAAAUGGUCGAUGUCGAUAUUAUUUCAAUAGAAAAGAAACAUUUUGUCAAUGUAAAAAAGGAUGGUCAGCAGAAGAUUGUUCAAUUCCACAUCAAUGUACUUGUUCAUCAUCAAAUUCUAUAUGUAUUGGUAUAUCAAAUUAUAAUCGAUCGAUAUGUAUUUGUAAAGAGAAUUAUUUGGGUUCUGAUUGUUAUCUUAAAAAUCGAAUAUGUGAUUCAUCUCCAUGUCGAAAUAAUGGUACAUGUAUUUCUUAUGAUGAUUUUAUGUUAUUUUCAAUUAAGGAAAAAUAUUUCUGUAUUUGUUCAAAAGGUUUUACUGGAAAACAAUGUGAACAAGUUAAUAAAGAACAAGAAAUUAAUCUAAUAUUUGAUAAUGAUAUUUAUUUAUCCCAUUCAGUUUUUGUUCAUUUUAUAACAAUUAUUCCUUUUCAGGAAUUUGAUCCUAAGAUUUCAACCCAAUUUCCUGAAAGAUUAACAACAUUACAAACAGUAUCUCAAUCAACAAAUUCUCUUCGAAUUUUUUGGUCAAAACCAUUUCAUUUAAUAUUUAUUGAAACAGUAGAUAAAAUUUAUUAUUUAUCAUUUAUUCAGCCGAUUUAUAAUCGUUCAACGAUAAUAAAUGAAGAAGUUCAUUCAUCAUUUCGAUGUUUAUCAUUAAAUGAAACUUUCUCUAAACUUCAUUUACUUAUUCGAAUAAAAUCUUAUCAUCAAAUUUGUCAAUCUGAUUUACAAUGUUUUUAUGAUGAUGAACAUUUAUGUUUAUGUUAUAGUUUUCAAGGAAAACGUUUAGCAAAUUGUUUUCUAUUUGAUCAUCAAAUGAAAUUUGAUCAUCAAAUGAAAUUUGAUUGUUUUGGAAAAAAUUAUUGUGAAAAUCAAGGACAAUGUUUUCAAGAUUCUCUUAAAUGUCCAAAACAAUCGAUAUGUGUUUGUCAGUCAUGUCACUAUGGGACUAGAUGUCAAUUUACAACAAGCGAAUUUGGUCUAUCACUUGAUGCAAUUCUUGCUUAUCAUAUUAUUCCAGAUGUUAAAUUGCUUGAUCAAAAAUUUAUCGUUAAUUUAAGUUUUUCGUUAACAAUUUGUUUUCUAAUUUGUGGAUUAUUGAAUGGAAUAUUUUCAUUAAUAACAUUUAAAAAUAAUAGUGUACGUACUGUUGGUUGUGGAAUUUAUUUAUUAGGAUCAUCAAUAACAACAAUAUUAACUAUGAUUUUUUUCGGAUUAAAGUACUUUAUUUAUCUUUCAACACAAAUAUCAAAUUCAUCAAAUAAUGUUUUUUUAAAAAUGCAAUGUUAUUCAUUAGAUUUUCUUAUUCGAAUUUGUUUAAAUCUUGAUCAAUGGUUAAAUGCAUGUGUGGCAUUAGAAAGAUCAAUAAAUGUUAUUCAAGGUGUUCAAUUUAAGAAAGAAGCAAGUAAAAAAAUAGCUAAAAAGAUUAUCAUUAUUCUUAUUAUUAUGAUUCUCUUCACAUCAAUACAUGAUCCAAUUCAUCGACAAUUAUUUCAAGAAGAAAAUGAAAAUGAUGAUUUGAAAAGAAUUUGGUGUACUGUAAAUUAUUCAUCAAAAUUACACAUCUAUAAUCGAAUGAUCAAUACAUUUCAUUUCUUUAUACCAUUGUUGAUCAAUUUGAUUUCAUCAAUUAUUUUGAUAACAAAAAAGUCUCGUCAAAAAUAUUAUCUUCGUAAAGAUCAAUCUUACAAAACUACAUUACAUGAACAAAUUCGUGAACAUCAACAUUUAUUAAUUGCACCUGUGGUUUUAUUUCUUCUCGCUUUGCCGCGUUUGGUUUUUACUUAUUUAAAAAAAUGUUUGAAUUCAACACGUGAUUCUUGGAUAUUUCUUGUGGGAUAUUUUGUUUCAUUUAUUCCACCAAUCAUUACUUUUGUUAUUUUUGUUUUACCAUCGAAAUUUUACCGAGAAGAAUAUCAUAAAUCUAUCAAACAAUAUCGAACUCUAAUUCAACGGCGUUUUCAUCGAACAAUAUGA